GUCAUUUUUGGACUUGAGCAAAACUUCGGCAUAUCUGUUGGUGGUGUGGCGGUGAGCUGAUUCACGACUUUCGGGAAGAAAUGGCCACAAGAAGAGACUGAAACAGGAGGCAGGAGGAUGUCUGUGGAGGUGGACUUGUUGCUGCAGGAGGCGAAGGAAAGCAUCGAGGCAGCCCAGAACUACCGCAGUGAACUCCAGCAGCGCCUUCAUGGCCUCAACCAGGCGCGCAAACAGGUCCGGGGAAGCUCAGGUCAGGCCCGCGAGGCCCUCCGGAGGCACUUCACGGAGCUGCAGGCGGCGACAACGAGGCUGCUGACAGAGCGGCUGAACUCCCUGCUGGCGGAGGUGGACGCCAUCGAAGCGGACAGCGUCAAACCGCUGGACGACUGCCAGAGUCUCAUCGAGCAGGGCGUGGGCCAGGCCGACGAGCUGCUGAGAGAAGGAGAAGCAGCGCUGCGUUGUGGUCUUGGAGAGAAGGAGGACCAACUGGGCAGUUUCACCAAGAAGGCCAUGCACAUCCAGCUGGACAGCCUCCCAGAGGUCCCGGCGUUGGUAGACGUCCCGUGUGUUUCGGCUCAGGUGGACGACUCUCUCCUGGGUCUGCUGAGAGAGCGCGUGUCCCGCCACGGCUCCGUCUCCUCCCAUCCACCCGCCCAGAUCGAAGAGCUGCAGGAGAGACCGGGCAGCGUCCUGGUCCGCUGGUGUAAGGUGGACGAGGACUUUGCAGCUGCUGACUAUCGGCUGCAGUACCGGCGAGCUGGCAGUGGGGGGGGCCAGUAUGAGGACGCCUACAUCGGCAGAGACUGUGAGUUCCUGGUUCUCCACCUGGACCCCAACACGGAUUAUAUGUUCCGGGUCUGCGCCCGUGGGGAGGGUCGCACCGAGUGGAGCCCCUGGAGCAUCCCGCAGACGGGAUACACCACACUGACGCCGCACGAGUGGUGUCCGGGCACUGAAGGCUAUGUCCUGAGCAGCAGGAAGAACAUCGCUCUGAGGAACGACUCCUCCCAGUCGCGCUGCCCCGUCCUUUACUCAAACGCACCCACCUACUUCUGUGGCCAGACGCUCACCUUCAGGAUCACUGCAGCUGGUCCCACAGAUCGGAGGGACAGUCUGGGCGUCUGCGUGGACAACAGGGGGGCGGAGUCUCUUCAAAGGGACCAGGCUGUCUGCAUUUCCACCAAUGGUGCCGUUUUCGUCAAUGGUAAAGAGAUGACCAAUCAGCUGCCAGCCAUCACCGUGGGCUCGGCCGUCACCUUCGACAUGGAGGUGGUCAACCUGUUCCCCGUCAGCAACAACAACCUGAGCGACGGCGGACACUUCAAGCUGAGGGUGACCAUCGGCUCAGGGAACAGGGAGGUGGUGUUUGAUUGGCUGGUGGACCAGGCCGUGGACUGCCUCUACUUCGGCUGCUCCUUCGUCCACUGCGGCUGGAAAGUCCUCGUGUUUUAGAGACGUCCUCGCUCUGAGCCCAGAGAGGCUCAGUUUGUCUUCUGCUGUUUACUGUUACACCAGAACUGUAAAUCCUCCAAGAUUUUCUCCAACUAGAGAACCUCAGGACACAGCUGUGAAACAGGAAGUCGUGUCUGGGACGUAAUCCUGCAGGGAAAUUUAUCUGAAGCUUCUUUUGACCUCUGACUUUGUGUUUUAACAGCCAGAGAUGUGAGCGGCAGAGUCAGCUUGAUUACGUUAUUUCCUCUUACAGUGUCAAAACGCAACACCACCGUUUUCUACAGUUUAACCCUUUUAUUCCCAACAUUUAUUACCAACUGUUUUAUUAGGGAUGAUCCUCCUGUGCAUGUCCGGGACUAGAUGAGGCUGCAGGAGGAUUUUAAAGACAGAUCUUACAGAUUUGUCCCAAUCUUAAAAUCUCAGAUCUUUGACAUGAGAAAAUGUGACUUUUACUGUUGAUAACAUAGGAGGCCUUCAUAAAAUGACUUUAAUCCACUUCAGAGAUACUGUAGAAGCUUCUUCAUCUCCUUUUUUUUUACCAACAAACAUCUUCAUUCUUCUGUAAACCUUCUACGACGGACGUUUUUGUUUCCCAGCUGAUCUGACAUCAGCGUUCCCUCAUCAUGGAGUCGAUGGUACAGAUUUCCUAAAACCUCCAGACUGAUUUAUUUUAGCCAAAAGGAGCAAAAAUAAAACCUGGACAUGAAGACAACCUUGUUCAAAGUGUUUGACGGUCCUAACAGUGACACCUGCUGGAUAAACACAUGAACUGUGUUUGAUGUCAUCACUGUUGCCUGUCAUGUUUUGGUCAAUAAAGUUCAAUUUUGUUAAACAGA